AUGUUCAAAUAUACCAAAAUUUUGCACUGUUCCCAAGAAAAACAUAAAUUUGGCGUUGGAAACUAUGAAGUUAUGGAAAUCAACAACUCUAUUAAUUGUCUGAAGGAGAAAAUAGCUUGCACUAAAAUCAGAUCUAGAAGAAAUCACAAAAUUAUUGAUGACUUGCAAGAACGAUUGAUCUGUUUACGCAAUGAAUUUCACGACACGAAAUGUUUGAUCCGAAGUGGACGGCAGGUUAACACCUCAUCCGUCUCUGUUAAUACGGACUGCAUCAUCGAUGUGCAAAAUGAACUGAGGAAUACGGAAAACAAGAUACAGUUACUGCGAGGCAUAUUAUGUAUGAGCGAGGAUCAAAUAUCUGACCUCCUUAUUCAAUUACUUUUGACAGGCCAGAAAAUGAAGCAAAGUGAGAAAGACAGGGCUCAAUUACAAAUCUUUUGUGCGAAAGCAGAAAUUGCUUCCUUACAGUAUCAAAUUCAAGAAAAUCAAGAGUGGCUUUUUUGA